AUGGAAAAAUCAUAUGAUAAUAAUUAUGAAGAAGAAGUCAUAAAUCAUUCUUUUUAUAAUUCAAAAAAUAAUUUAAGUACUUUAAAAAAAGAUAAAAAUGACAAAAUAAUUAAGGAAAAUUUUUAUGAAGAAAAUAAUAACAAAUCCAGUGAGAAAGAAUAUUAUAUAUCUAAUAUUAAUGAAAAAAAAAAAACAACUGAUCAUGUAAAUAAAUUAGGUUAUAAUGAUAAUGACUUGAAAAGUCAUAUUUCUUUAAAUGAAAAUAAAUACAUGUUUAAGCCAAAUAAUGCUAACGAAAAUGUAAAUUAUUUAGAAUAUGAUUUAAACAUUUAUUCAAAUGGGAUCCAUGAGAACUUGAAUGAUAAAAAAAAUGUAAACAAAAAAUUCGUAAAUAAAAAUUCUGAAAAUAUAAAUGAAUGUGCAGGUAAAAUUAAUGACUUUUUUAUUGCAAAAGAAAAUAUAUCAAAAGAAUAUUAUGAUAUACAUAAUAAUAAAUCUGUAGAUGUUAAUCAAAAUAAUAAUAUAAAUGAAGUUAAUAAUCUAAAAUUAAACGACUAUAAUAUAACUAAAAAUGACUUAUAUGAAAAUAAAACAAGUAUAAAUGUCAUUACAAAUAUUCAAAAUUAUGAUAUUAACAAUUACGGAAUGUGUGAGCCAGAUAUACAAAAUAAACAUUUAUUAAAUUCAGAUAACAUAAAUUCUAAGUGUACAGAUAAAAAUAUAAAUAAUGAAAACAGCUCCUUAAAUGAUGUUAUAAAUAAAUAUUUAAUGAAUACUGAUAACAAAGAAGAUGAGUUUGAAAAUAAAUUUAGCUAUUUUAAUUAUGUUAAUGAUGGUAUUAAUUUAAUGAAUACUAAUAGUAACAGUAUAAAUAUAAAUAACUUAAAUAAUAAUAUAAACGAGAUAAUUGAUAGAAAUAAUAAUAAUUUAAAUAAAAUUAUAAACAAUGUAAAUAAUAUCAACGGAAAUCCAUACGACUCAAAUUAUAUGAAUAAUUUUUUAGCUAAUAAUAAUAAUAAUAAUAAUAAUAAUCUUGAUGAAUGGAGGAAUUUAAAUAAUAAUUUCUCUAAUUUCACAAAAGGAAAUAAUUUAAUUUUUGAUAAUGAUAUUAAUAUAAAUAAAGAAAAAGAAAAAAACAUGGAUUCUUCAAGAAAUAUAGACAAUACAAGUAAUUAUAUUGAUUACAUAAAUAUGUUAAAUUCUUCACAGCAAAAUUUUAACCAUGAUUAUUCUUAUUUAAAUAAUAAUUUUAAUGAGGAAAUCAAAUUUUCAGAAAAUGCAAACUUUAUACAUUAUAAUAGUUUGCAUAAUGAAAAGCACAACAAAUUGAAUAAUUUUUACGUGGAUAAUAAUUUUUUGGAUAUAAAAAAUCAAAAUAGUUUAUUACUGGAUACAAAUGAUGAUUUUAAUAAAAUGAAAGAAAAUUCUAAUGAUCAAAAAGACAAUUCUCAUGAGGAUAAGAAAAAGUAUUUGUAUGAAAAACAAAACAACAUAUAUAUGAGUAAGAAUAUAUCAGAAAUACAAGAUAAAAGUUAUGGCUUAAAAAAAGAUGAAUUUCACUUAAAUAGAACAUCAAAAAAAAAGGAAGGAAACAUUAUAGGUAAUAACGAAAAAGAGAGUAAAUGCGACGAAAAAAAGAGUUAUAAAUAUGAUGAUGGAAAAAAUAAAAAAUAUGAUCAUACAAAAUAUAAUAAGUAUGAUAGUGCCAAGUAUAGUAAAUAUGAUAAUAGAAAAGAUCAUGGAUAUAAUGAUAAAAAACAUAGUAGAUAUGAUGAUAAAAAAGAUCAUAAAUAUAAUGAUAAAAAGUGUAGUAAAUAUUAUGAUAAAAAAGAUUAUAGAUAUAAUGAUAAAAAACAUAGUAAAUAUGAUGAUAAAAAAGAUCAUAAAUAUAAUGAUAAAAAGUAUAGUAAAUAUGAUGAAGAAAAUGAUAAACAUAAAAAAAAAUAUGAAUGUAACAUAUUUGAUGAUGAUUGCUAUUUUGUUAAAUGUGAAAUAUAUGGAAAAGAAAAAAUUAUAGUUCCUGACCCAUUAAAUAAUAUAGAAGAUUUAAAUUCAAUAUGUGAUGAUAUUUUAUAUAAUAAUAUAUGUACGAAAGGAUAUAACAAGAUGACCACAGUUCAAAAGUAUUCGAUUCCAAUAAUAAAAAAAAAAAUAAAUCUUAUUGCUUCUUCUCAAACAGGGAGUGGGAAAACUUUUUCAUUUUUGUGUCCAAUAAUUUCUAAUUUAAAAAAAGAUGAACAGAUUUUAAGACCUCAUUUUCCUGGAUCAUAUGCUUGCAUAUCUCCUUUGUGCUUAGUUCUUUGUCCUACUCGAGAGCUAGCUAUUCAAAUUUAUAAUGAGGUAAAUAGUCUAACAAAAAAUUUAUAUUUAGUAAGCAUGGUCUUUUAUGGAGGGGAAACAAUGAAAGAACAAAUAGCGCAAAUAAAUGAAAAACAGGCGGACAUAAUAAUAUCAACCCCAGGAAGGUUACUAGAUUUAUUAAAUAACUGUAAAAUUAGUCUUUCUUUUAUUAAAUAUUUAGUUUUUGAUGAAGCUGACGAAAUGAUAUCCCUUGGAUUCAAAAAUCAAAUGGAUGAAAUAAUUUUUCAAAAAGAUUUAUGCCCAAACGAUUCAAGACAAACUAUAUGUUUUACUGCAACAUUAUCGGAUAAAUUAAAAGAUGUUAUGCAAAAUUUUAUUGCUACUCCAUAUAUUUAUUUAGAUAUUAAACAAAAAAGGGAAGUUAAAAAUUCAAUAAAACAGAUUGUUAAAUAUGUACCUAUGAAAUCUAAAUUAAAUGAACUUCUUAGAGAUAUCAGGAAUUUACAAGGGCAAGCGAUAAUUUUUGUAGAAUUAAGGAGUUCUAUCAAUCACAUUUUUAACUUUUUGAAGUCAAAGGGUUUUGAUGCAAAUUAUUUGCAUGGAAGGAUGAAUCAAGUUCGAAGAAAAAUGGUUUUUGAAAAAUUCAGAGAAAAAGCAUUUCAAAUAUUAAUAGCUACAUCUAUUGCUGCUAGAGGAUUAGAUUUUCCUGAUUUAGAAUUAGUAAUAAAUUAUGAUUUACCUUCGGAAUUUGAUCAAUAUAUGCACAGAAUUGGAAGAACAGGAAGAAUUGGGAAAAACGGAGUAGCCAUAAAUUAUUUUAAUAGCUCGAAUAAAAAAAUUAUUGAUAAAUUGAUUGCACAUUUAAAGAAAUAUGAUCAAACAGUUCCAAAUUGGUUACUUAAUUUUAAUAAGUAA